AUGACAAUGGAAUCGUGUAGGAAUGACAACAGUUUGGAAAUAGUAGACUCGGGCCCCAGGUUCCAAUGGUUUCUCAUCCUGCUAAUGUCUACAGCUGUCUUCGCGAACGAUGGACUAUUUGGCUCCAAAUUCCAGACUGAUAUUCCCGAAUACGACUUGCUACAUGCGAUCGGAGUUCCAUUUAGCAAUCCGAAAACCCAAUACUUCGAUGAAGGCCUAGAUGGGUUCCCUGCAUACGGCCUUAUGCCCGGAUCUGAUAUAAAAUCCCCAUAUCGUCUCUUCAUGCCGGAGAAACUGUAUUCAGAAUUUUCAAUCACAGCAACUGUUAGACCGGCAAACAAAGAUGGCGGUUUUCUAUUCUCAGUCGUUAACCCUUUAGAAACGGUAGUGCAGUUAGGGGUACAAUUGAUCCCAUCUGGUCCUGGAUUAACGAACAUUUCUUUGCUAUAUACUGACGCUAAUAUUUAUGCUUUGUCGCAAACCAUUGCGUCUUUCGUUGUUCCUUCUUUUGCGAAGAAAUGGAGUAGAUUUGCUUUACGGGUUACGACUGAUAAUGUGACCCUGUUUUUGAACUGCCAUGAGUUUGAUACGGUUGUUGUGAAGAGAAAUCCUUUGGAGCUGGUCUUCGAUUCCGCGUCUACUCUGUACGUGGGACAAGCUGGGCCGCUGAUCAGAGGGGCUUUUCACAGCCUGCAGUCAGAACUAGACCAAUUAACAUCCAAGUUGGAAAUAAUGUCUAAUAAAUAUAGUGCUUCAGAAAGGCAGAUGAGGGAAUACAUGUUGGCAAUGAAUGAGUUGGUAAGCUCUCAGGAGAAACAGUGUGAGAAGUGCGCUCCAGAUGCUAUACUGCCUGCUCUUUCUCUGCCGGCAUGUGAAACCACCUUACCUCAUGGUGGAGGUUUACUGUUUCCUAGCAAAAAGUACGAAAAAGAAGUGAACCUCAAGGACAACAUAUUUAGACAGCCUGGAGAUGACCAGUCCCAAUAG